CCUCCCUCGUCUGGGUGCCUGGCCCGAAUCGAGCAGUUUGGCGUCCAUUCAGCUCCCUGAGUUUCGCGAAGUGGCGCCCUUUGGGCUGAUUAUGAGACAAAAAAAAUUUUAAGAUGAAGUGAUCGUCUCAUAUAUCCUAACGGCCCAUUUAACCUUAAAUCAGUCUCUUCUUGCAACUGGGGAAAGCAUUAUUCCGACCUGAUCUCGCCAACCGGUUGUACAAUUUGAGUCUCUUCCCCCCGUACGUCAAUCCCCGAAUCGCGAUGCACGCGAUCGUUUUCUGGGUAUUGUUAGGCCUUGGCAGCCUGUGCCUCGCCGAACCAGGCACAAUCUCUCUCAGAACAUACAGAAACCACGAGAAGCACGCCCAGGCUCUUCGGAAGCGGGAUAUGGAGCGUUUGGGAAAGCGUGCUCCAUUUACAGUGGAUCUCGGAAACGUACCCUUUCUUGGCGGCGGAUUCUACUAUGUCAACGCCAGUGUAGGAACCCCGCCCCAAGAGGUUGCAUUGGACAUCGACACAGGAUCGUCGGAUGUGUGGAUGUUCGGAGUAAAUUCUUGCGACGGCACCACAUCUACGUGUUCUGGAGGAGAAUUUGAUGAGACUGCAUCUACUUCCCUCACUCUCCUCAGUGAAGGCACCUUCAAGAUCCAGUACUUUACCCAAGGCUCUGGCGUGGAAGGAGAUUAUAUUGCAGACACUUUCAGCAUCGGACAGAAAACGGUCAAGAAUCUUACUAUGGGAGUUGCGUCCCUGGCUGUGUCUGUUAAUACGGGAAUUAUGGGCAUUGGCUUCAACACAAAUGAAGCGCUCUAUGCCUCGAAAGUAGCACAGGGCAUGGACGCCACGCCCUACCCCAACCUACUGGAUGUUAUGAAGAGUCAAGGAUUGGUCGGUACUCGUUCAUACAGCUUGUACCUGGACGAUCUGGAUGCCGCUACGGGAUCCAUCGUGUUCGGGGGCUAUGACAAGGCCAAAUUCCAGGGUGAUCUUGGCAUCCUGGACAUUCAACCAGACGCCCAGUCAGGGCAAUACACUUCUUUUGGAGUUGUCCUGAGCUCCGUGGGAGUGACCGACAGCACGGGGUCAACUGUCCUGACGACUAGCAACAUGCCCAACAUUGUGAUUCUCGACAGCGGCACUGCUUUCACCAUCAUUCCUCAAGACCUUCUCAGCGAGAUCGUAGCUUACCUUGGUGCUGUGGAUGACCCAACUUACUCUUGGGUCAUAAGAUGCGAUCUCGGUGGCAUGACAGGAACUCUCGACUAUCAGUUCGCCGGCCCAACUGGACCCGUCAUCUCAGUACCUUUCCACCAGCUCGCCACUCCUCUUAUCAACUUCAGGACCGGAAACCCCAUCACAGACUCUAAAGGCAACGCAAUCUGCAGACUGGGUCUCUCAGCGCCCUCUCAACCAAACGAGCCUUUGCUCUUAGGAGACACGUUCCUGCGCUCCGCAUACGUCGUCUAUGAUAUCGAUAACCGACAAAUCGGCAUUGCGCAAACGAUCUUCAACGUAACGAGCUCCAACCUCGUAGCCAUCACCGCAGCAACCGAUACCCAGGACCUCCCUGGCACUAUUGCGGUUGUGGCUUCUACUCCUGCUCUGACGGCAACGCAAGAUAUCGCUCCUCAGCCAACGGUCAUUAGCGGUGUUCCCACCUUUGUCGGAACGGCAAUUGGAACUGGGAAUGGCGACAGUGCACUGACGGGGUACAAGACGACGUAUUCUAACCGGGCUACGAAUCUUGUGGGUACGGGUGCGACGACGACUGCGAAGGGCGUUGGGUCAACUAGCACUGCGAAGAAGAAUGCUUCGGCUGGAAGUGUCAAGGACUUCAUGGGUGGAUGGUGGAGGGGAUUGUUGGUGCAGGGGUUACUUGUCACCGCAGCUUCGUUAUUUGGCGCGGGACUCAUCAUUUAAGUUAAUUGAUGUAUUUUGAGAAUUCUUUGAAAAUACUUGAA